AAAAUAAUGUCACUUCUUGGCCAAAAUCAUUUCAAUGCUUAACUGUCAGCUGACAGAUGUUGGAUCAGCAAAGUUGAAAGGAGCUGCAAUUCAAUUUAUGCUUAGUGCUGAUCGAGAUGAACGACUUGAAUCAUUCUGCACUAAUAAUGUUGGAUUGGAUACAUUACGUGAUGUUGUGGAAGCGCUCACACCUCCUUUGAAUUUUGAUGAACGUCAAGAUUGUUUCGCACCAUUAUUUCACUCAUCAGUCAUGAAAAUAUCAAAACUACGCAAAGGUAGGCUAGUCAGUGGUCGAAUAGAAAAUGUGACAACAUUUGGUGCAUUCUGUGAUAUCGGGGUGGAAGAGAAUGCCUAUAUUCCACAACAUGCAUACCCUCGAGGUGGAAGCGUGGUGGUGACAUGGUGAAACCGUCCGGAUUAUUAACUACUGGUUGUGGUGGUGCUAGUGAAGCAAAAACUAUGUUCACUUUACGUUUAGGUGAUCGAAUUAGAGCCAUGGUAGCUAGUGUGGAUGCAGAACAUCGUAGAAUAUCAUUAGAAAAUGUGGCUAUUAUGCAGAAUAAUAAAUGAUCAAUGUUGUAUAAAGCGAUGAAUAAUGUGCCUACUGUUUCGACAAUUAUUCGUAUUAUUGUAUACUUCUUGUUUCCUUUUUUCUAUUUUUAUUAUAGCCUUUUUAACACUAUUAUUAUUAUUAU